CCCGUUCGCGCAGUCACUAGGACUCCGUGCAACCAUCACCCUCCUGCGCGAGCAGUCCAGCAUGCCUUCCGGACAGCCACGACGCAAACGGCUACGUGCUGACUCCGAGUCUAGUGCGGAUCGACCUGAGCAUCCGGCGUUUGGCCGCGAUGAAAAGUUCUGGUACGAGGAUGGGAACAUCGUCAUCAUUGCGCAGGAGACAGGCUUCCGGGUCUAUCAGGGCCUGCUCGCUACGCAUUCCGACGUAUUCCGGGACAUAUUCAGUCUGGCACAGCCCGCUGUGGAUGAUAAGCAAGACGAGACACUGGGAGACUGCCCUGUUGUCCACGUCACGGACACAGCGUCUGAGAUCCGCUCGCUCCUAGCGGUGCUCCUGCCUGAGCACAGGUUCAUCGGGCGCCUCAAACUCAGGUCCGACGAUGUCGCGAACUGCAUCCGACUCGCGCACAAGUACGGCAUCGAGGAUCUGCUUCAAGAUUCCGUGCAAGAGCUUGGACGAUACUUCCCGGACUGCUUUGAUGCAUGGGACAAGAGAUCUCAGUCGGGGAGGGGAGCCUCGUACGCGAUCGCGGCUGUGAACCUAGCCCGCCUCACGAACACGCUGUCGUUGCUCAACGGAGCUCUGUACACCUGUUGUCAGCUAGAUGCCUCACAGCUGCUGGACGGAUACACGCGUCCUGACGGCACGGUGGACAUCCUCAGUUCAGAAGACCUCGGACGGUGCAUAAACGGCAAGGCGAGGCUCAGUGCUCUUUAUAUGCGCGCGGUAUACGACAUCUUCGCACCCUUGUCCACGAACGAAGUCAAGAAAUGUGUGGAUGUCACCGGCUCUUGUAAUGCCGCUCUUGCAACCAUCCGAACACGACGCAUGGAACCCCCGAUUGGUGGCGAAGGGUACGACGUCCUGAGGCCUUGGGACUCAGUCAUCCGCAUAUAUUGUCAGAGAAAGCGCAACCCUCUCUGCAAUUUGUGUGCGAAAAUAUUGCUACAGCGAGAGAAGACGAUACGCAAAGGUGUCUGGGAAGACCUGCCAGACGUUUUGGCUUUAGAGGCGCCGAGUAUACCAGUGGCAAACAGAUAGAUGACCUUCGAGGCUGCGGAGGAUAUGACUUGUGGACGGACUUGAUCUAGGACUACUAGUUACUACUAGUAGCACUGUUACGUGUAUCUGCGAUGCUGCAGGCGGAUACAUUUACUUGGUGGGCGCGUCAUGGUACCAGUAGGCCCGAAGUUCACUUUGAAGGAUGAAAUGAAAGAAAAGUCCAACGGCGUUGCCAUCGACAUCUGAUCACGUGCCUAUUUUCUGCUAAGGUACCUCCAGUGGCACUGGCACCAGACUGGCACGGUCAAGAUCGCGACACUCGAUGUUCAAACGCUCAAAUCCAGCUCGUCGAUUGUGUCGCUACCUGUGAAUCCCAACUUGCGCAGUCUGAGAUAGACGGUCAGUUUAGGCCUUGACUGGCACUUGUAACUUAGUGAGUUGACACUCUCCAAGUCAUUA